GUCUGAACGCACUAAAAGUGGGCUGGCGCUGGCAUUCCCCCCGCAGGUUUCAUUUCACAAGAAGCUGCAGCUCUCAUCGAAGGCACAAAGCUCACUUCAGCUCUCAAGAUGGGAAAGAUUAACGGCUGCCUGAAAUGUCUCUUCAUCUUCUUCAAUGUGGUCUUUGCCAUCGUUGGAUGUCUGUUGAUCUUUGGCUUGGUGAAGGCCAGCAUCUACAGCAGCCAGCUGUCGGCGGUCGGGGCCCCCGGGCUCGGCUGGGGAUGGGUGUUUGCCAUCGGCGUCCUUGGCAUUUCCUGCCUGGGAAUCUACGCCGGAAGCUCUGAAAAGGAGCUGGCCCUCAAGAUCUUUGCAGGCUUCAUGGGCAUCGGAAUGAUCAUAAUGCUGAUCUUUGGCAUUGUUGCCGUUGUGAUGAGAAACAAGGUCAGAGAUAAUUUCCGCAGUGCCUCUUCGGAAGUGAUCAAGACCUACAUGGCACAGGAAGGAUUCCAAUCCAUGCUUAAUCAACUCCAAGAAACUGCUCAGUGUUGCGGCUUGACCAGCCCCGGCGACUGGGGCGACAACAUCCCUUCCACCUGCAGGUGCAAAGCGGGCAGCUACGGAACAUUCGGAGCGGCCGAGUGCAAAGCCCGGCCGCAGGGAACCUCAGGCCCUGAUCAGAUCUACACGCAGACGUGCGGCGAAUUCAUCAUCAUUUGGUCCGACUUCCUCUUCAACGUGUCCAUGGGCGUCAUGUUUACCUUCGCUGUCACUGCGCUUCUGGGCCUGCUGGUGUCCCUCCUGAUGAUCCACCAGGUCAGGCGCCACGAUCAGGGCGGGGCGUCGUCCAUGUCCAUGAAGGGCUACUGAGGCAACGAGACGGCCUCUUCUCUUUUUUUCUUCAUUUUGCAUCCACUUUGAGCUUUUUGUUGUGAUAUUCAAAGUGAGGCGGCGGCGACGGAAGAGCCAGCACAGUUAUUUACCCAGCACGGACCAGCUCUGCUUUCUAUCCAAAAUGGUUGCCUUUGUGUUUGUUUUGCGUUUUGGUUUUAAGAAGAAAUCUUACUUUAUCCACUUUGUCAUCUUCUCUUUGUGUUGAAAUCACAGAUUUGGAUGGUUUUUGGGGAUGUGGUCUAAAAGGUCUAAAAAGGUCUAAAAAGGUCUGAAAGGUCUGAAAGGUCUGAAAGGUCUGAAAGGUCUUAGGACUACAAUGAGUCCAGCCUGUAGUGCACUGACGUCUCUUUUACACCAACAUUCAGUUGUCUUUUAUAGAAAUAUUAAACAGUCUUUUAUAAGAACAUUCAAUUGUCACUUGUACCAAAAAAAUAAAUGGUCUUUUAUACCAAUAUUA